UCGUACAUCUGGAUACCAUUGGUAUCUCUGAUCUUUGCAGUUGAUCUUUUUCCAAUUCAUUUACGUUGGCAAAUGUUUGUCUGUAUAUUACUAUAUUUGGGCAUGUCUUUCCUUAAUUUCUUUUCAUUUAAUUUUUACAUAUGGUACUUCAUAAUCUUGUUUCAUGUUCUUAUGAUUCACAGUUUCUCAAGCUGGAAAAAUCCACUCACACUUGAAUCUAAAGCUUCUUCUUCAAUUUCCGUGUUGUACUUCGAAGGGUUUAAUUUAAUAUCAUCCAUCCAUCUUCGAAAGCUAAGUAGAAUUUGUCAUCUUAAUAUGAGUAGAUUUUCAUUUAUAUUACAAACUUCAUCUCAUUAGUUAAAAUAAGCUUUUAUAUUGUAGAUUGAUACCAACUAUCGGUGUUGGUCAAAAUUUGGAUCCUUAUGAGAUUACAUAUUGUUACAAGAUGAAUGACGAAUUAAUCUUGUUGGAUUGUUGGGCAAGUUCAUAUGGAAUGAGGGUCAAGAUAGCACUUGCAGAAAAAGGGCUUGAGUACGAGUGUCGUGAAGAAAACUUUCAAGAAAAGAGUCAUUUGUUACUAAAAUCUAACCCAAUUCAUAAAACAAUCCCUGUUUUGGUUCACAACGGAAACCCCAUUUGUGAGUCUCUCAACAUUGUUCGCUACAUUGAUGAAUUUUGGCCCCACAAAUCUCCAUUGCUUCCUAGUGACCCUUACAAAAGGUCACAAAACUUGUUUUGGGCAGACUAUAUCGACAAAAAGAUUUAUAGCAUUGGGAAAAGAGUAUGGAGGGGGAAAGGUGAUGAAGAUCAAGAAAUAGCAAAGAGAGAAUUCAUAGAAUGCUUGAAAAAGUUGGAGGAUGAAUUGGGAAAUAAACCAUAUUUCGGGGGUGAAAAUGUAGGUUUUGUGGAUGUAGCACUUGUACCCUUUACAAGUUGGUUCUACACCUACGAGGCUCGUGGUAACUUUAGCAUCGAGGCUGAGUGCCCUAAGCUUGUGUCAUGGGCCAAUAGGUGCAUUCGCGACAACGAAAGUGUCGCAAAAGCUCUCCCUCACCCUCGCAAGAUCUAUGACUUUGCUUUGAAUCUUUUAAGUAAUGACUCAAAAUGAAGACAAUAUGCGUUUGUAAUAUGUGGACUUGGCGAAUGAAAUGAUCAUUUGGUUAAUUUUCUAA